AUGGCCUCUUACGCUGAAGAGAAGGGCAACGUCGCCACCCUAGAACGCAUCGAGUCCGACACAACCGCCAGCAAUGCCGCCAUCAGUCGUUUCACACCCGAGGAGCAGAAGAAGAUUGUCCGCAAGGUCGAUUUUCGUCUCAUCCCCACACUCGGCUGCAUGUACUGUGUCUCUCUCAUGGAUAGAACCAACCUAGGUGUCGCCAUGGUUGCCGGUAUGGGCGUCGAUCUCAAGCUCACUGGCGAGAGAUACAGUAUCAUCGUGCUACUCUUCUUCAUCACAUACGUCGCACUCCAGCCACCAGCUACCGUUGUGCUGAGGAAGCUUGGUCCAAGACUCUUCCUGCCAUCUAUCGUCAUCAUCUGGGGAGCAGUCAUGAUUGGCUUCGGUUUCGUCAAGGAAUGGCACACACUCAUCCCACUCCGUCUGCUCCUCGGUAUCUUCGAGGCUGGAUUCUUCCCCGGCUCUGCAUACCUCCUCUCAUGCUGGUACAAGCGAUUCGAACUCCAGAAGCGCAACACCGUCUUCUUCCUCAUCGGUAUGCUGUCGUCUGCCUUCUCAGGUAUCCUCGGCUACCUCUUCUCUCUUCUCAACGGCAAGGGCGUACAAGCGGCAUACUGGCUUGGUCCCCACUACGGACCCACCAAGAAGGCGCCCACCACACCCGUCAGCUUCGGACCUGGUCUCUCAGGAUGGAGGUGGAUUUUCAUAAUGCAAGGAGUCAUCACCGUUCUGAUCGGUGUCGUUGGAUGGUACUUCAUCGUUGACUUCCCCGAGCUAGCAGCCAAGCCCAGUGCGACCCAAAAGAAGUUCCUCGAGCAAGACGAAGUGGACUUCAUCGUCGCCCGCAUCGAAGAAGACCGCCACGAUGUCAUCGCUGAGGAGUUUAACCUCAAGAGCUACCUCGCGGGCGCCAUGGACCUCAAAGUUUGGGGCUUUGCUCUCAUCUUCAUGUUCACCACCACCAUCACCUACGCCAUCGCCUACUUCCUUCCCAUCAUCCUGAAGGACGGUAUGGGCUUCAGCCCCGCCGCAGCAAACUGCCUCAUCGCACCUCCUUACGUCUUCGCCGCUUUCGUCAUGGUUGGCUUCGCCUGGGCAGGAGACAAGUACCACAUCCGCAGCCCAUGGGUCAUCGCCAACGGUGUCCUCGCUCUCAUCGGUCUCCCCAUGAUUGGCUUCAGCACCAACGUCGGUGUCCGAUACUUUGGCGUCUUCCUCGCUACCGCUGCUGCAAACGCAAACGUCCCCUGCAUCCUCACCUGGCAAGCCAACAACAUCCGCGGCCAAUGGAAGCGUGCUCUCUGCAGCGCUACACUCGUCGGCGCGGGUGGUAUCGGUGGCAUCAUCGGUGGCACUGUCUUCCGUACCCAGGACGCACCUUCCUACGUCCCUGGUAUCGUUGCUUGCAUGAUUGCGUCCGGUAUGAUCAUUAUCAUCUCGCUGUUGCUCAACUUGAAGUUCUGGAUGGCGAACAAGCGUGCGAACAACGGAGGCAAGAUCAUUGAGGGCCUUGAGGGCUUCAGGUACACUCUGUAG